GGCCCCCGCGGGGAGUGGGCCUCGAGCCCCGGCCCGGGCAGCUACACCGUGGGCGCGAGGCCGCCGACGGGGGUGCCGAGAAUUCGGCCGCGGACCGAGCUGACGGAGAGGCUGGCGGAUGUCGGGCCUGGGCCGGGCCAGUACAGCAGCCCCCGCCAGCUCGCCGGGCCCGAGUUCACGAUCGGGGCGCCUCAGCG